UUUGGAUGGCUAUCAACGGCAAAGGUCCUCACAACCACUUGCGACACGAUUCCAAGCGUAUUCAAAUGAUGUGGAACAUUGGAUACCUCUGCUUUGGAUACGGCAUUCCCCUCCUCUGGGUUUUGUUUACCAUUCCAGUCUCAUAUGUUUCUCCCAAUGUUUAUGGAUGUGGUCGAUCUUGGUUGCCCACUAUCAACGCCUCAAUUGUCUACAUCCUUUACGGUGUCUGGAUGACCUGUACCUUCAUCCUCCGUUUAUACCUCGCAACCUCAAGUGUCGUCAAGCUCAUCACUCUCCGCAACAAGACCAAGCAUCUACACGGAUCAAAGACUGCCGGUGUUGCCCUUCUAGCCCGUUUCGUAGCUAUUGACUUCGGUGUCUUGACUUCCUCCCUCAACACUGUUGCCAACAUUAUGUUUGGCUCCGUUGUUACCUACUCUUACUACUACAACCUCUACAACAAUGGCAGCACCAACCCAAACACUAUAUACUACUUCUCCCUCCUAGUUGACUGGGCUUAUACUAAAUCCAUCACCGGAGUAUUUUUCUCACUGUUCGCAACCCUUUUCGCUUUUGUUGCUCUUGCUACUGGUGCUGGAGCCAUGGCCAAAUACUUCAAGGUCGCAGCCUUCAUUGGUCGUGUUACUGGUAUCUCCUACCUCAGUGAACUGGCCUCCAAGACUUCAGCUGUUGAUGGAAAGAAGGCCGUGACUAUCAAGAACAUGGCUCGUCUAUUGAACCAGACUAGUACAAUGACUGGAUCAACUGUCGCCAAGGAAGACGCUGAUGACAAGGAAGUCAACACAACUGCCCCACCUGCUAAAGCUGCCAUCGUUGCCAGCGCCCCUAUGGGUGAACAUCACGUUUAA